GAUCCAGCCACGAGCAGCAAGAGGGCACUUCGGUGUAUACUCUCCAGACUGCCUGCAUUUUGUCCUCUUACCUGCUCCCACGUGACUCACACACUUUGUCUCUUUCUGAGGGGGACUUGACACUAUUUGUGGGGAUUCCAGCACUGCCCUUUAUUGUGUGUGAGGCUACAGGACUGACUGACUCUGAACUGCCUUCCAGGCUUGCCUAGCAGAGUCCCACUACUUAUUCUGUGAGAACCAGCUCCAUCCUACAUCUUCCAUGUGCUCCAAGAUGGAGCAGCCUUUCUACCACGACGACUCCUUGUUGUCAGCCUACUCUCGGCCAGAUGCUGGCCUCAUGAAGCCCACCCUGGGGCACCUGUCCUACUAUACCACCCAAGACUCCCCGGCGCUCGCCUCCCAUCAUACGACACCUUCCAGCCUGAAAAUGGCUGCCCCAGAGCUUGAAAGAAUGAUCAUUCACAGUGGCCCUGGGGUCAUAACUGGUCCAAGCGGAGGGCAACUCUACUACUCCCGUGGCAAUGGCAUAACAGAGGAGCAAGAAGGCUUUGUGGAUGGGUUCGUUAAGGCCCUUGAUGACCUGCACAAGAUGAACCGUGAUUGUCCUCCCAAUGUGUCGUUAGGUGGAGGCUCUAUUCCUCUGGGUGGGAGCGCUGCCUCCCCUGCUGGUAGCAACAUCUACGGGGACACUGCUGUUUACACCAACCUGGCCAAUUACCACCCAAACAUCUACCGCCAACCCUCUGCCACAAUUAACUAUUUACCACAGACUCAUGGUGCCUAUGGGGCUUCACCCUUUAAAGAGGAGCCACAGACUGUCCCUGAUACUGCUGGAGUAAGGGUGGACAGCAGAGAAGGGUCUCCUGCACCAAUGUCUCCCAUCAACAUGGAGGAGCAGGAGAAAAUCAAGGUGGAGAGAAAGAGGCUAAGGAACCGAUUGGCCGCCACCAAGUGCCGCAAACGAAAGCUGGAGAGAAUCUCCCGGCUGGAAGAAAAGGUGAGGGAUCUAAAGAAUGAGAACAACGGCCUAAGUGGUACAGCUGGGGCCCUUAGGGAGCAAGUGGAGCAGCUGAAGGUGAGGGUGAGGGAACAUGCCCGUCAUGGUUGCCACCUUCUGCUAACUGGGAAGGGGCAUCAGGUUUUCUGAGAACCCUGGUGGACUGAGGCUGCUAGUGCAAGGAAGGGAGGCAACGAAUAAAGAUGGUCUCGGAGCUCCCUAGUAGGUGAUCAUCUCCUUCCGUUCAUCUCCAGUAAUCAAGGCAUUUGUAAGCACAGGAGACCUACACAGAGACAUCUGAUAUGAGACGGCAGUUGCCUGAAACAUUCUGCUGUUACAUUCUGGACUAGUAUUGGAGCCCUUCUACUAACACUCCACACUUCAAAUUCUAUUGCCGCUCCUCCGGCUAUUAAUUAAUAGGAGAAGGACUUGCACUUAUCUCUGAAAAAAGAAGUAACUUGAGUAAAAACUGUGACACAGGCUCAGGUAGUAAUGCACAUUUUCUCCGGGGCAGUUACAAAGAGCAACCAAUCAGCAACCUACCGUGGUCUGUUUACAACCACCAAAUAAGAUUGGUUGCUAUGGGUUACUGAACGGGGAAAAUUUGCACAGUUUCAUUACAUGAGCACGUAUGUGUGUCUUUGCAAAUGUAUUGCUUUUACACUUUUCUGUGGGGGGAUGGGCUGCUGUAAGACCCUUCUAACAAAACCUCAUUGAUGUCCCUAAACCCAGCACUUACAUUUAUCUUCAUUAGAAACAGAACAACAUAAUGUGAAAAAUGAGGAAGGCGGUUAUAUUAAAAAUAGUCAUGUGACUUCAUCUUAUGAGCUGAGGGUGGGGGGGAAUUGGGCGUUGAUUUGGAAAAGGGACCAAUAUAAAUGUUUGAGGUCUGUGUAAUCGAUGCAAGGGUGCCUAUUACACUGAUACCGAACAUGUUGCACUGUAUAAUGAUACGAAGUAUCUCUAUACUGAUAUAAUGCUGCACUCUUAUUUGAUAGACUUUUUUUUUUUGGACAUUAUGCAUUCCUUUAUAAAGCAUUUGCAAUAUGUGGAAUUGGGAUAAGACUGGAUGGAGAUAGAUAUAUAUAUAUAUAUAUAUAUAUAUAUAUAUAUAUAUAUAUAUAUAGCCUAUACAAAUGCAGCACAUAUUUUUGAACUCAAGUUUACAGAAACAUUUAUAUUAUAUAUAUAUAUUCAUCUUGGCCACUGCUGCUCUGCAGAUCAUUGCAGCGCGAUUGUCUGACUUCGACUCGAGCAGAGUGUUAUUUUUAGAAGUUCGUGGUGUUUCGGGAUGAGAUUUCUCUUCUGCCGGUAUCAGAAAAAAAAAUCCCCCGUCAAAAUAAUUUUAUCUAUCUAUAUAUAUAUAUAUAUAUAUAUAUAUAUAUAUAUAUAUAUAUAUAUAUAUAUAUAUAGCAUCUAUGUAUUUAAUGAAACAAAAAAAAGGUACUUUCAGCCGUCUGGGUAUUUUAUAGAUGCUUCCUGGAAGCGCAAGUUUGGAAAACGAAAGAAGAAAUAUAUAUAUAUUUUAAUGUUGGGAAAUGUACUGUUGUUUUUUAUACUGCGAAUGUAACAUGAACCUGGACCAGUGCUGUACAAUUUUAUAUGUGUCAUGUUUCAGUAUUUAAGUAAAUGAUAUUGUUUUUCUAACA